GUUCUUUAUUUUUACAAAAAAUGAAUUUUCAAAAUUUUAGCAACAAUUUUUGUUCACUAGUUUCUUUAGUACGAAAUAAUGCAUAUCCUAAAUACCCAGAAUAUACAACAUUUUCUUCAAGAUUGAAAACAUUCAACUUAUUCCCGUUAACUUCAUCUCAAGAUAAAUACUCAUUAGCUGAAAGCGGUUUUAAAUAUUCAGGGAAAAAAGAUAUUGUCGAAUGUUUUUGUUGUGGACUCAUCUUACAUAAUUGGGAAAAAGAUGAUAUUCCAUGGAUUGAACACACAAGAUGA